AUGUGCGGUGGAGCACUGUUGAGCUCUGGACUAUGUCGGUUUUCAGAGCUCACACCCGGACAGUUCGGGCUCACAAAACAAUUGGUGUUCCGACUUGCUCUCCCACAUAUCACUCUUCUAGUUGUUUCAAUUUUAUAUGCAGUUUUUGGCGGUUGGAUGUUAACAUUAAUCAAGUACAGUCAACAAACUACUCAUCAAGCAAUCAUGUUUGAUCAAACACGACAGAGUUUUGCGAAGAAGUUGGCAGGAAUAGGAGAUAAAGAAGAUUUUGAAACGAUUGUUAAUGAGUUAGUUGAGAAAACAUACGAGUUUUAUACAAUGGAAGAUGGACAUAGAUGGCAAGAAGCAGCAUUUAAUUCAAAUCCAUUGACCAACUUCACAUCGAAUCUUUUUUUCGCUGCAACUACAUUAACUUCAAUAGGAUAUGGAAUUGAUGCUCCGGAAUCGCUUGUUGGUCGCGUAUUCUGCCUAGUUUAUCUGUUUUUUGGAAUCCCACUCUACCUCAUCACAAUCGCAGAUAUGGCAAAGUUUUGCACAGAGUUGAUGAAUCGAACUUAUACUGAAAUCAUCAAGUACAAAUAUAGAGUGAAACGACGAUACAAAAGAUGGAAAUCUGGACGGAUUCGAAGAGAAUCGAUGAAAGUAGGUCAAGUGAUCAUUGCUGGUGGAGAAGACGAAGUAGCAGAAUUUCUGUGGACUCACUUGGAACAUGCACAAUUUGUGGAAGUUCCGUUCCUUCUGGUAAUCGGAAUUCUUCUUCUUUAUAUUGGAUUGAGUUCUUGGAUCAUUUCUUGGGUUGAGAACUGGAAUAUGACUGAUGGAUUCUAUUUUGUCAUGAUGAGUGUUCUCACCAUUGGAUUUGGAGAUCUGGUCCCUCGAAAUGAGAUCUUUGCCGUCCCGAUUCUUUUCAUCAUUCUCGCUGGUCUGGUUCUCACCACCACUUGUGUUGACGUGGUUGGAGCAUAUUAUAUAGAUAGGCUUCACUUCUUUGGAAGGAGACUUGAUGACGAUCCCUUGUCAUGGCUGAAAGAAGUACAACAAAGAAGAAUAGAAGCAAUGAAAAAGGAGGCGAUGAGAAAAUUAUUCGAGACUGUAACAGCACUUCAUCACAUUCGAUUAACUGCUUUCAAACAACUAACCCAAAACUACGAUGACCACCUUCGAAGUAAGGCUCCAGAUCCACCAAGACAUCUCGUUGCAUCUCAUGCCACUGCUGAUUCAGUGAUGCUUCGAUGGAGUGCUCCGAUUUACGUGGAUGAAGGAAAAAGAUAUUGGUACACGAUAACGUACAAACCAAGAACACCUCAACGACGAAAUAACGUAGUCGCAGUUGAUUUUAUAAACAAAGAUCGUUACCUGGUAACUGGUCUGAAAUCAUUCACGCUAUAUGAGUUCAGUGUUUAUGUCACUACAAGAUAUGGACAAAGUGUUCCUAUCAAAGUACAAGAAUAUACAGAACCGUGCACUGUUCCACAAUCAGUAAGAAUCGAUGCGAUCUCCGAUGAGACGGCUACAAUUUCAUGGAGAGCUCCUAAAAUGAACAAUGGACCAGAAUCAUAUAUAAUCCAGUUUGUACAAGAGCCUGCUCCACAGUUUGUGUAUUGGAAUAAGUAUCGAGUUGGAUCAUCAACAAGGUUCACUCUGACAGAUCUUCACGCGGAUACAAGAUACAUAAUCUGUGUGACUGCUGAGCACAAUCAUGGACUGGCUGCCAUGUCAAAAUCAAUGAGAUUCCGAACGAAGAAAUGGUGGGGAGAUGAGGAUAGUACAUGUCUUCGAAUACCAGGAACAAGUCAUCGACUAUCGAUUGCAUCGGCUAUCAGCACACUCACAGCUUUGCGGUAA